AGUCCCCCGGAGCCGGCCUUCGGGAGGCGCGGCCCGGGAGGAGGCUUAGGCCUGCAGGCCGGGAGCAGCAGUGGAGGGGCGGGCGGCCCGCGCGGGGAAGUAGAAGUCCCGGGCCGGGCGCGGGAGGCGGCGCGAGCGGGCCGGGCGAGCUCUCUGCAAUCUCCCCAUGGCUGGGGGCGGGCAGCGGUGGUGGCGGCGCUGACUGGCCCGGGGUGGGACGGGCGGGGUGUUGGGGCCGAGGGGAAGAUGAGCGCUCUCCUAGAGCAGAAGGAGCAGCAGGAGAGGCUGCGGGAGGCCGCGGCCUUGGGGGACAUUCGGGAGGUGCAGAAACUGGUGGAGAGCGGGGUGGAUGUGAACUCCCAAAAUGAGGUCAACGGCUGGACCUGUUUACACUGGGCAUGUAAACGCAAUCAUGGGCAGGUGGUCUCUUACUUGUUAAAAUCCGGAGCUGACAAAGAGAUUCUUACCACAAAAGGGGAAAUGCCAGUCCAGUUAACAUCAAGGAGAGAAAUCAGGAAGAUUAUGGGAGUGGAAGAUGAUGAUGGAGACGACAGCCUGCCCCAGAUGAAGGAGUCAGACCUGCCCUUUGUUCCCAACUAUUUGGCCAACCCAGCCUUCCCUUUUACCUACACCCCUGUGACAGAGGAUUCAGCCCAGCUGCAGAAUGGGGGCCCCUCCACACCUCCUGCAUCACCCUCUGCAAAUGGCUCACCUUCAUUGCCCCCCACUGGGGAACCUCCCUUGCUAGGGUCCUUUCCACUGGACCACACCUCUUUGGCACUGGUUCACAACGGGGAUGUGUCUGCCCCACCUGCCAUACUCAGAACACCUGAAAGCACAAAACCAGGUCCUGUUUGUCAGUCGCCAGUGAGUCAGAGUCGGUCGCUGUUCUCUUCUGUCCCGUCCAAGCCAGCAGUGUCCCUGGAGCCUCAAAAUGGGACUUAUGCAGGACCGGCGCCAGCAUUCCAGCCAUUUUUCUUCACAGGAGCAUUUCCAUUUAAUAUGCAAGAGCUGGUACUUAAGGUAAGGAUUCAGAACCCAUCUCUUCGAGAAAACGAUUUCAUUGAAAUUGAACUGGAUCGACAGGAGCUCACCUACCAAGAAUUGCUCAGAGUGAGUUGCUGUGAACUGGGUGUUAAUCCAGAUCAAGUGGAAAAGAUCAGAAAGUUACCCAAUACUCUAGUAAGAAAGGAUAAAGAUGUUGCUCGACUCCAAGAUUUCCAAGAGCUGGAACUGGUUCUAAUGAUAAGUGAAAAUAAUUUUCUGUUCAGAAAUGCUGCAUCCACACUGACUGAAAGGCCUUGCUACAACAGGAGAGCUUCCAAACUAACUUACUAAUGCAGCACAGACUUCUGUCUCUGAGUAUUGUAACAGUGUGUGUCACCUCUGGGCCAAGGACAAGCCAUUGAUCUAAAUGCCUUGGAUGCCCAAGAGGGCCCCUGGUGCCACUGUGCAGUGUACACUAACAUCGCCCUGCCAAGGUAGGAAGCCCCUGACCCCCAAGCAGCGGUGCCACUCUUCCAAGCCUCUUGGUGCACAAUAAACCUAUUGCUUGAUGCUGUGAACAGCUGAGAUGGUCUGGAGAGGCAGAAACCAAUGGUUCUGUAUCCAGUGUGUUUUAUGUGCAGAAUGUAAGAGAGUUGUCUAAGCAAAAGCUGAGAUAGAGUGGGACCUAAAUCUAGCCACUCCUGUUGACAGUCCAUCUGAACAGCUGGGAUGUGCUUUUCUUGGUGUUGCAUGCUCACAACUUCUGAAAUACAAGCAGACUGGAGAGGAAAACUGGGGAAAGCACAGGUCCUGGACAAAUGAAUUUUAGUGUGACAGUGGCUGUGAGGUUUCCUAUACCAUAUUUAUAAAUGUUACUCAGGUUAAAAGUAUUUAAGAAUACAGUUACCUAAUUGUAAAUAUGCUGUUAACCAAAAGAGCUUCCCUUCCCCCACUUUUUCCUUUGUAAACACUUUCGACUGCUUCUGUCUCUAGUCUGCCAUUGCCGUCAUCUCUGCAUUAACUCCCCUUCGUGGUCACUAGGGGGCUCUCUGAUGCUUUCCUAAAGAGCAGCCACUUUUUUACAAACUGAAGCAAUUUCUGUCAUCUACAUGUUUAAUCGCACCGUAUGAGAAGAGCACAAACAUUGUUGGUCCAUGUUCUCCACUUUCAUUUACCACUAGAAGUGAAAAGCAAUUUCUGAGACUGAAUCUGUUGCUAUUUUAAAGGUUAUUGUAGGAAACCAAUCUAAAGGAGUUAGCAUCUUUAUUUUUGUAUCAAAGAUAAAGGUUAUUUUGAAAUUACUAGGCUUUUUACACAACUCUAAAAUAGGUUGCUUUUGUAAACAAAUUUGUUUGAUCCUAGGAAUCCCCCACUACCACCACCAACCCACUUAACUGAGUCAGUUGUGAGUUCAGCAGGCUUUCUUUGGGGAAAAACACCUUGAUUAAACUUUUAAGCAUGACAUAAAAAUUUUUUUAAAGAAUGCAUUCAAGGAUUCUUUUUCUUUCUGUCAGUGUCAUUAGUUUUAAGAGAAGAGCCACUGUCUUGUUGAAACAAACAGCUUAGCUUUGAAAUAAGAAUGCCCACCCUCAGACAGGGGAGCAGGGGUUGGAAGUCAGCCGCGGAAGAGCAUCGCUGCUGUCUUAAGAAGCUUUUCCCACAGUGCCUACUUCCAAAGAAACUUAACUUCCUAACUGUGUUUGUUUUAUUGGGACACUGCAAUCGAGUGAGUGUGCAGAAGAUGUCAACGGAAGAGAGAGUGAUGUGCUAAGAUCAUGGCUUCCUGCAGCUGCCUACACUUCAAGUUGAGGUUGAGGUGUUUCCAAGGUCAGCUUCAGGAGUCAUUGUUUUAGUGACUUCAUCAUGUUCCACCAAGUAUGGAUGGUGGCUUGCCUUUGUACAGUGUUUGCAUAGCAGAGUAAGUAAGCAGAGUUACUUAUUAACCCUUUUCUGAAGUGCUUUAAAGAAGAAAUCUCCCUUGUGUUUCAGCCAGUCAGAAGCUAGUUUACUCAGACACACUAACCUUUUUUUUCCUUCCCUUUGGAAAAAAAAAAUUACAAUUUACUGAUAAAACUAAGGCUAGUACUAUCCUGGAGGAAAUAAAUUCAGUAUUAAUUCAUGUCUAAAUCAUUGGGGUCAAAACUCUUCCAGCCACCCAGAUCACUUAGAGGCUCUCAGAAGCAGUGGAGGCCCCUGGCUGGGAGGCGGCCUGUAGAGGGGUGGUGUUUACUGGGGCUAGAAACAGAAGCCAAUGAGGGGCUUGGCAUGUCAGGUGGGAAAUGUGCCCCACACUGGUCUCUCUUCUUUAUAAAGUCCUCUGUGGUCCACUGACUCCUGUGUAUGUCUGUAGGAUAAGACUGCACAGUUGCUGAUGGGUGAGUUCAAAGUCUUAAAUCUAUGCAUUCAGAGAAAUAUUUUUAUAUGCUUUGUGUAAUUUAUAACAAGGAUUUUUUUUUUAGCUUUGUUAACUGUGAAUUCACCCUUUCUCCUCCACUGCAUAUUUAAAGCAUGUGUUCACACUGUGUGUAAACAUUCACUGAAGAUUUUUUUCUCUGUGCAUUGCUGAUCAUUCCAACACAAGUAUUAUUAAAACUAAAUAUUAACUGA